AUGCUGAAGUGUCCCGCUGCUUUCCGCGAAUAUAACAGCAUCGUCGUCUCACUCGCGGUAGAUGAAGAGGCACCCAGAUGGUGCCAAGACAAUAUCGGCAAGACAGUGAUCGACAGUUCUUCGCAUGAUGUCGCCGAUAACGAAGUUGAACAGGAACGAAGAAACGCUGUAGGACAACUAUAUACCGUGCGACGUGUGCCAGAUCGAAAAAGAUCAAGAAUAAUAAUCAAGAUAAAAAAGCAUUCAACCUCUCGAUGCACUGAUCUAGACAAGGUAGCUAGUACGGAAAUGUGGAACAAACAGUGCAGUGAGAAGAUAACACGGGAAGAUGUUUAUUGGACCUUACAUAUACACUUUUAUUUUACAUAUCUAAUAAAUCUAAUAAAUGCUUUUAAUCUUCUAUUUCGAGCAGCAAGGAUCUCGAGCAGAGAGACUGUUCGAUUAGCUCCACAUGUUGCUGGAGUUCACGGUCGCGAUUCCUUUGCCGUCUUCAUCUCCAAGCACAAGUCUGAGCAAAAAUGA